AUGAAAUUCUUUAUUGAUGACCUACCAGUGCUAUUCCCGUAUCCUAAGAUAUAUCCUGAACAGUAUGCUUAUAUGUGUGACAUCAAAAAGACACUUGAUGUUGGUGGGAAUUGUAUAUUAGAGAUGCCUUCAGGAACAGGUAAAACCGUGUCAUUGCUAUCACUUACCGUGGCUUACCAAAUGCAUUACCCUGAGCAAAGAAAAAUCGUGUAUUGUUCUCGUACCAUGUCAGAAAUUGAAAAGGCAUUGAUUGAAUUGUAUAAGCUCAUGGAAUACCGAGCCAAUGAGUUGGGAUAUGUGGAAGAUUUUAGGGGAUUGGGGUUAACCAGUAGAAAGAAUUUAUGUUUACAUCCUACAAUUUCCAAAGAACGUAAAGGGGUAGUUGUGGAUGAGAAAUGUAGAAGAAUUACCAAUGGACAAUUGAAGAACAAGAUUGAAAAGGGGAUGAUAUCAGAGCAACAACAAGCAGACAACCCAGAAGUUAAUAGUUUGUGUUCCUUUCAUGAAAAUUUAGAGGAUAUGGAUCAACAUGACUUGAUACCACCAGGAGUGUACUCGUUUGAUGGAUUGUUGAAGUAUUGUAAACAGCGAGGAACCUGUCCUUAUUUUACUGUUAGAAGAAUGAUGCCAUUUUGUAACAUUAUUAUUUAUUCAUAUCAUUAUUUAUUGGAUCCCAAGAUUGCUGAUCGCGUUUCUAAGGAAUUAUCAAAGGAUAGCAUUGUUAUAUUUGACGAAGCGCACAAUAUUGAUAACGUUUGUAUAGAAUCUUUGUCAUUAGAUUUAACCGAGGAUACAUUAAAACGAGCAACAAGAGGUGCUAACAAGUUAGGAGAUGCAAUCGAAGAAAUGAAAGCUCAAGACAGUGAAAAAUUACAGAAUGAAUAUGAACAAUUGGUGGAAGGAUUACGACAAGCAGAAAUAGCCCGAAAUGAAGAAUUAUUCAUGUCCAAUCCUAUACUACCUCAAGACUUACUCGAUGAAGCCAUACCGGGGAAUAUAAGAAAGGGAGAACAUUUUAUUGCGUUUCUCAAAAGAUUUAUUGAAUAUUUAAAGACUAGAAUGAAAGUAUUGCAUGUGAUUAGUGAAACUCCUAUAAGUUUCUUGAAACAUUUAAAAGAACUAACUUAUAUCGAUAGGAAGCCCCUUCGAUUUUGUUCGGAAAGACUUUCAUUACUUGUUCGAACUUUAGAGUUGGCAGAAAUUGAAGAUUUCAAUGCAUUAAAAGAUAUUGCUACAUUUGCAACUUUGGUAUCUACUUAUGAUACUGGGUUUCAAUUAAUACUUGAACCAUAUGAAACAGAGGGUUCAUCGGUGCCUAAUCCGAUUCUACAUUUCACAUGUUUGGAUGCAUCAAUUGCCAUUAAACCUGUGUUUGAAAGAUUUUAUUCAAUCAUUAUAACAUCAGGUACUAUAUCUCCUUUAGACAUGUACCCCAAAAUGUUAAAUUUCCAAACAGUUAUUCAAGAAUCUUAUGCCAUGACAUUAGCAAGAAGGUCAUUUUUGCCAAUGAUUGUUACAAAGGGAUCUGAUCAAGUCUCGAUAUCUUCUAGAUUUGAAAUUAGAAAUGAUCCUUCAGUUGUUAGAAAUUAUGGAUCGUUAUUAGUUGAAUUUUCCAAGAUUACUCCAGAUGGAAUGGUGGUUUUUUUCCCCUCAUACUUGUACAUGGAAUCUAUUAUUUCCAUGUGGCAAAAUAUGGGUGUAUUAGAUGAAGUUUGGAAAUAUAAAUUGAUUCUUGUUGAAACUCCUGAUGCACAAGAAACUUCACUUGCCUUGGAAACCUAUCGUAAAGCAUGCUCAAAUGGAAGAGGUGCCGUACUAUUAUCUGUUGCUCGUGGUAAGGUAUCGGAAGGUAUUGAUUUUGAUCAUCAUUAUGGUAGAACAGUACUUAUGAUUGGUAUUCCUUUCCAAUAUACUGAAUCAAGAAUCUUAAAAGCAAGAUUGGAAUUCAUGAGAGAUCAUUUCCAAAUUCGAGAAAAUGACUUUUUAUCUUUCGAUGCCAUGAGACAUGCAGCCCAAUGUUUAGGGAGAGUUUUAAGAGGUAAAGAUGACUAUGGUAUUAUGGUUUUAGCAGAUCGUAGAUUUUCAAGAAAGAAGAACCAAUUACCAAAAUGGAUUGCGCAAGCGUUGAAUGAUUCAGAUACUAAUUUAUCUACUGAUAUGGCCUUGGCAACUGCCAAAAGAUUUUUGAGAAGUUUAGCCCAGCCAGCCAAUCCAAAGGAUCAAGAGGGGGUUUCUGUAUGGAACCUUGAGCAAUUGGAAGAGUAUCAAAGAAAGUAUGAACAUAAAGUACAACCAAUAGAAUCAGAAAUAGCAGAAGAAGAAAAUAACCAAGAAGAUAAUUUCAUGGAUAUUGAUGAUGCUGAUUUGGAUUUGUUGUAAUUUUAUAACGCGACAGUUAUUUUUUUUUGUUUAUGUUUAUAAUUUUUUCUUUUUGCACUAGUCUGUUUAUAUUAAUGUCUAAUAGAAUAACCACAG